UCAUGCAGCCGCUAUCGUCAUCGCCGUUCGUCCCGCGCGCUGCAUGUUUAUUGUGAUUUGGUCGACGCGGUUGGCGUUGACUGUGGCAUAUUCCAUCAGGAAUGCCACGGCAUUGAAGCACACCAGCUUGCGUCGUCAAGAGUGUCUAGGAAGCUUUGUCAGCACCUCUCGCCUUUGCCGAAGACUUUAAUUACGGCACGCUUGAACUUGGGCGUGAACAUCCCUGCAGACAUGAGUCGUCAUUCCCUGUUUUUCUGCGGUGACUUUUGCAACGAGGUUACGGCAUUCUCUUUAGAGCAUCAUGCGCUUAAUUAACACACGCACCGACAGCUUUACACCGAUGAUGAGAUCUUCUUAUCACAAUGAAUGCUGAAUAUCGAGAUUUCCUUGAACAAGACAUGGGCGAAGAUGCACUUCGACAAAGAGAGAUGAAAAUUCCCACCAGCGGUAUCUCGCGCCGUAGAGUGACAAUGGUACGCAGGAGAAAUGAGUCUCCAGAAAGCCCAAGAUCUCCAUGUACGCGCAUGGGACACGGUGAGGACACAUAUCAUUCCUACAACAGCGAUGAAGUUCUUCGUGACGGAGUAACGGGCAGAAAGCGCAUGUUAAUUGAUACAAAGAGCAGGGACGAUGUCCUUCAAAAACCCAAGGCGAACAUUCGUAGAAACUUUAUCGUGUGUGGUAGGGCAACGAGGUUUCGUAGAGGGAGCGCACGUACGGGUUCACCAUUUUCAGGUGCGCAUAUGUGGAAUACUGAGAGGACGGAGCAGGUCUACAACAGCAAAGAAGACAUUCGUGUCACAAUAACAAACAAAUACCGCUGUCCAGUUGACGAUGACAGGAAAGGUAAUGUGUUUCAAGGAGGGGAGACCAACCUUCGUACCAACGGUACUGUGAGCGACCGGGCGAUUAAGCUCUACACGGGAGGACAGCCCGAUCAGUGGCCGACUUAUCCGGGUACGGACAUGGAGUACGGCGAGAGGACGCGGCCCGACUGCAACGUCCAUGAAACUCUUCUUGUCACGACAACGAACGAAUACGGCGCUUCUAUUGACGAUGGUAAGGAAAGCGAAGUGUUUCAGACAGCGAACAUCGACCGUUGUACAAACGGCGCCGCAAGCGGUAGCACGGCAGAGCUACGUGGAAAAGAAAAGUCUGAUCGAAGCUUGAAAUAUUCAGGAACACAUAUGACUUAUUUCGAAGGCACAUCGGAACACCACAACAACGACCGUGUACUCCUUGUGACGAUAACGAACAACCACAACGGUUUAACUGACGAAUGCAAUGGGGAUGAUGAGAACCAACAAAGGAACACUAACAUUGGCACGAGCGAAUUCGCGAGCGUAGGAGAGACAAAGCUGUGUGGGAGAGCCGUGACUUACAAGUACCCGAAGUAUCCAGGUACUCCUGUGGUGCAUAGCGAGGGCACACCGCAGUCCUACAACUCUCAAGAUAUUCUCGUCACAGUAAUGAACGAACACAGCGAUUUAAUUGAAGCAGAUGGCCCAAUUGAUAACUUUACAUUGAAUUCCAUUACGAACAGUACGGCAACAAUGCCACUCAUGAGAGAGGAGACAGAUGAAAGCGACACACCGAAAAGUGAAACAAGUGGGAAACGCUGCUAUAAAGGUUGGACCUCCACGGCAAAUUCUCAAAGUCUGCGACGCAGAGACUGCCAAGGUACCCGUCUCUACAGUGAGACGAUACGCAAGGAGGGGAGCUGCACGAAAUCCCAGGGAGUGCGAAACCCAUGUUUUCAGAGCGACGUAGCAUCCGGUAGAGGCAUACCCAAAUGGCAACCGUCAAGUAUCAGGGACUGGAUGGGAGUUCCUCACGGCUAUGGUGGUCACGCACAGGUAGAGCAACAAAAUAUCGCUCAAGUACUUCCCCAUCGUCAUGGACAACGCGUGGACCCUUAUCUAUCUCCGUUUGUCUGCUACUGUCACGGGGCAUAUCGUGUCCAACGAUGUGAAUGUGAGCAAACUGCCCUGACAUGCAUGAAGUGCUAUGCCUUUGCUGGUACCCUGUUGGGGCAUGCAAAUGUUUCAGAGCAUAAUUCUACACACUGCCUGGGUAAUUCAAGGCAGGGCGGUUGGACCCUAUAGAUGACGCCUUUCGGCAGCACCCGACAUACACCGUCAUGUGAUGGUGUGAACUUAUAUGAUACCUAACUCAUGAACUUACAUCAAAAUUAUGUAGAAUUUCCGCUCAACAUGUGCCGUAUCACGCGUGCCAGAUCCCAGACACGUGAAAUUGGAUGAAUAACUCCUUAGUAAAUAUGGCUUAUGUUCGUG